CGAGGCGGGAAUGCAUAUUUAAAUGCCAGGAACGAAAUUGGUAGUGAAUACCCAUCCUCUGAAGUGCAGAGGUGCAUCGUAACGGUCUCAAUGCAACAGCUUCUGCUUGGCGAAGUAACACGCUCUGGUAGGACUAUCCGGGCGACAGCAAGGCUGCGCGACUUAGAUGCGACAGCAUUGUGGGCCAGUGAUCCUCCCAGUUCAGAUUAUGAUCCCAGCAUGCACCCCGACCCCGACGAUAGCAGUGAAAUUGGUCAGAAUGAGGGAGAUUAUACCGUGGACGGCAGUCCUUCUGUUGGGCAUGAUUUGGACGCGAGUGUGAGCAGGGAUUCAGAUCAAGUAGUAGGGGCAGGUUCAGUCGGCUAUGUGAACGACGAUAUUGCAGAUCCACAGGAGGCGGAACUGGCUAUUGAGCCAGAAACACUAGACUUGUCAACACUGUUCAAUGGGCUGCGUGAGCAUUCUCCUCCUGAGCCUGAUGAGAGCUUGGACCCGGACGAGGUUCCGCGCGUUGUAGCUGGAGAGGCUGGGGGGGUGUCAUUAGACCUGGCCAAUUUAUUCGCGCAGCUGCGAGAUAACACCGUUUCCCAGGACUCUUUCGCAACUGGUACCAACUUACAAUCGGAGACUCAGCUCACGACGUCCUUGCUGCUGUUCACAGAAAGCUCAUCCGUGCCGCAAUCACCUUGCAAUGCUAUGGCAAUUGAUAACGAUGCGCUCGAUGAUAUGCCUUUGCCAUCAGGCGUUCCCAAACCAACGCAUUUGAAGGACGAUGUGAGCGGAACUGUCGCUUGGCCAUUUGCAGAGGUGACUGUUUUCGUCGGGUACGAAUCGUUGGAUAGAUGUACCAGUGUCUAUGUCGAACGGGGGCUGUACAUCAACGUGACAGAUGACCCUGUCAAUCCCACAGCGAGCAUCAGUGCAUGUGACUUCGUCGAUCUUUGUCUUGCUUUUAAGGCGGAUUUCAGAGGGACUGCUGGAGCGCUGUCGCACUCUGGAAAACCGUACGGGACGUCUGGUAGAUCAAGUGCUGAGAGACCAGUUGCCGCGACAGUGGCGGGACAAAUGUUGUAUCAAGAACUUGGUCGACUGGACAGGAUCUUAGAUUCAAGCUUGGACAACCUCCGCGCACUUCCUUGUUUAGAUUGUCCUGAAAAAGAGCAAGUCGACGCCGCUGCAGCGACGUGCAGUGGAGUGGAGAGCCUGCCGUGCUAUGUAAUCUAUCUGACUUCGCCUGAAUGGGACAGUACAGGAAACCUUGAGUCGGGUGCAGCAUCUGCUUCAGUGCCUGCGUCUUCAUCCGCAGGCUCAAGGUCCGAGGAAGUUACUGUUCGUCGACGAGCGCUGACUCCCUGGAUUGCGGUGCGCAGUCGGGAGGAAGAUUGGCCAUGGUGGGACACUGUGUUUCUGACGAUGAUAGACGUCUUGGUUACUCUGGGAACGAAGAACUGGAAUUCGACGUAUAAGCGUUUUGCAGCGGUUCAGGUGGUUGUUGCCAUCUCGGAAAAGUUAGGGCUGGUGGUGCAUGGUUGGGGGCGCAACAACAGCCUCGUCCCCAUGCAGACUUGGCUGCUCGAUAGGAUGUCAAGCCGUCCGGCACGAUAUCUCCAUGUCGAGUGGAGGACUUUCCAAAAUUGGGUUUCAGCGCUAUGGAACGAUUUGGAGCUGGUGUAUCGGCAUCUGGUGAAACGCAUCACAGAUAACUUGCCUCUCAGUGUGGACAGCGGUCGAGUGUACGACCGAUUGAGAGUGUGGUAUACGCUUCCUCUGGCGGAUGCAAUGACCGGCGCGUAUACCCCAACAGAUCAGGAAUUGCUGGUGCUUAAGGAUACGACACCGUAUGAGAGUUGGACUGUGCUGAUUGCUGCGCAAAGAGUGGAGGCUAGGAAUGCCUCUUCUGGAAGUGGGAGGGGUACAGUAGCGCUUUAG